CCAGCCUGUCUCGAAAACUGUCUGUACAAUGCGUAGCAAAAGCGGCACUAGCCUAGCAUAGCAUGUGGUGUGUUAGCCAGUAACACGCGGACCAAAAAUGAAAUGAGAGUGUGGAUGUAACUGUCAUAUCGUGUGCCUUAGUCGACCAGCGUUUGAGUGGACGCCUUUCUUUCGAAAAAGAAAGAAAGAAAUGCCCAACGGUGGUUUACUGGCGCGUUUAUGUUAGCAUGCUAAUGCUAGCUAUCUAGCAGUGUGGCUAACGGGAAUACAGGAGGCAAGUCAGCAGACUGACAGGAGGCAGCCAAGAUUUGUGUAAACUUGGAGCAAUGGAUGGUGACUCAGAAGCCCCUUCUGAGAGAAUUCUGCUUGAACCAUACAAGUACUUGUUGCAGCUACCAGGAAAACAGGUGAGGACAAAACUAUCCCAAGCCUUUAACCACUGGCUCAAUGUCCCAGAGGACAAACUGCAGGUGAUCAUCGAGGUGACUGAGAUGCUGCACAAUGCCAGUUUGCUCAUAGAUGACAUUGAGGACAGCUCCAAGCUGCGGCGAGGAUUCCCUGUGGCUCAUAGCAUCUAUGGCAUCCCCUCCGUCAUCAACUCAGCCAACUACGUCUACUUCCUGGGGUUGGAGAAGGUGCUGACCUUGGAGCAUCCUGAGGCUGUCCGAGUGUUUACUCGGCAGCUGCUGGAGCUGCACAGAGGUCAGGGCCUGGACAUCCACUGGAGGGACACCUACACCUGUCCCACUGAGCAGGAGUACCGCAACAUGGUGCUGCAGAAAACUGGAGGACUGUUUGGUCUGGCUGUGGGCCUCAUGCAGCUCUUCUCAGAUUGGAAACAGGACCUGAAACCUCUCCUGGACACACUGGGCCUCUUCUUUCAGAUCCGCGAUGACUACGGCAACCUGAGCUCUUGUGAGUACAGUGAGAACAAGAGCUUCUGUGAAGACCUUACCGAAGGCAAGUUCUCCUUUCCUGCCAUUCAUGCUAUAUGGUCGCAUCCAGAAAGCACGCAGGUGCAGAACAUCCUGAGGCAGCGCACAGAGAACGUGGACGUCAAACGAUACUGUGUGGACUACCUGGAGAAGGUAGGAUCGUUCGCCUACACCCGUCAGACUCUGCGGGACCUGGAGGCAGAGGCCUACCGCCUCAUCAGGGAGCUUGGGGGAAACCCUCAACUAGAGAGCCUCAUCAAACAGCUCAGCCACAUGCAUCGUGAGGCUGAAGCUGCGGCAGAGUCCAGCACUGAGCCACACUCCAGCCAGAACCACUGACCUCGUCCACUUUUCAAUGCUACACAACUCACAGAAGCUUUGCUAAUUCACUCAGUCCCUCCAGGAUUUUGCAAUGUGGCGUAGCAACAAUUAGCACAAAUUCAGCUCGUUCUUGUGAAUUCUUUGCAACCUUGCAAUUUUAUCCAUUGAUUUCCAGUGAUUUGAUCACUGAGCCCCCUCUUUGCCUGAUCUCUCUCUGUUUAUCUGAAGACUACUGUUACACCAGUCACACACAGUGACAGGGAUAACUGUUGUCAUCAGAUGGCUGACAUAAUGUUUAGUAACGGGCUUAAUGACUGCGUCGAGCCAUUUGGGGCGUUGGGAGCGAACAGUACCAUAACGCAAACUCAUGUACCCUUAUUUUAUGUCAAAAUUGGCUCUGAAAAUGCAUUAUUUCAGGAUGUGCAUCCUAUGUCAUAGUCUGGCGAUCUGUCCAGGGUGUACCCCGCCUUCUGCCCAAUGACAGCUGGGAUUGGCUCCAGCCCCCCCGCGACUCUUACGUGGACAAGCGGUUGCAGAAAAUGACUGACUGACUGACAUCCUAUGUCAUGAUAGAAAAAAAGCCUAAGAACAUUACACAUUGUAUCAAUUUUUUUAAGAUAAGCUGCUGUGUAAUCAGGCAUUUUAGGCCACAACAAUCACAAAACCAGCCCACGAAAUGACUCUUCACUAAUUCAGAUAGACAUAUUCCCAAAAAGCUCAACACACUCUGAUAUGUUACAUCCACAAACUAUUUAAUGAGUCACAAUUAAUAAUCAAACUCAACUGUUGAAUUCUGGUAGACAGCGUUAACUGCAUUCAGCAGCUAUGAGACAGAGAAGGAGCCCCCAAAUGUUGCCUUUCUCUUUUGUGUGCUUGACGGCAUCCUUCAAGUGUUGCUCGACAAAACACACACCACCAAUUUUUGUAUCCAACUGUAGCAGUGCAGUCAGUGGAAGAAAUACAUUAAGAAAGAAACUUCUUGCAUUCGUUUGCUUUUUGAAAAUGAAAAAUGGCAAGACGGCAACAAAGCUUAAAAGCCUUCCUUUUGAUGUGUACUACACUGCAUAUAAAUGUAUUUUUUUAUGUUCUGUCACCAGAUGAAAAUUGUUUAUCUAAAGCCGCUUGAAUCCUGUGCGUUUUCUUUUUUUCUAAAGUCCCUGUUUAAAAUAAGACAUCUCUCUCGAGUGUAUGAUGUGUGAUUUUGGGAUCCUUGAUCAUUAAGCCGCCAAGAGUGCCAAUCCUGUAGAAAAGACCUCUGCAACUCAAUUGUCUACUUGUUAUGUAACACGCCGGCAUUAUAUGCAAAGUAGUGCUCAUGCUUGUUUAUGCUCGGCUGUAUAUGAAUACUCUGUUGAUGUUUUGGUUUAUCCCAGACUGCGUUUCCAUCUGGUUCAGAUUCAGUACAGCUCUUCAAAUCUAUAUUGUGUUAGGGUGAUUCAGUUAUGAUAUUUAUACAUAGACACUGUGCUGCAGUUGCGAACUUCUUUGCAUCUAUUAAAUACAAAAAAGAUAA